CCAAAAGUAUACCUCAAUACGGAAGGAACUGUACAGAUAUAAAAUCAGACAUUCUUCCUGUUCUGUGUUAAUCGGUGAACAUGGAGACACUGACGAGGUGUUUCAUGUUGGUGCUGCUGCUGUCUGCGGUGCUGAGCUCUGGUUUAACUGAAGAGAAGUUUAUCAGGGAUGGAGGUACACUGGAGCUGAGGCCUAACUUCUCCGGUGAUAUCGACACUGUCACAUGGAAACUAAACAACUAUCUGAUGGUGGCAGAAUGGGUGGAAGGAAUAAAUGCUGUAACGUACUACGACGUGUUUGAAAGCCGAACAACCCUGAACAAAGAAACUGGAACAUUGGAGAUCACAAACAUGAGUCCAGCUGACAGUGGGGUGUAUUCAGUGGAAAUCAACAACAUGGUCCUGCCUGAGAGAUAUAAUGUAAAGGUGAUCAAGGAGGUGCCUCAGCCUGUUGUGGAGUUAAACCCACUGUCAUGUUCUGAUGCAUCAGACAACUGUACUCUGCUCUGUGAGGGAAAGUCUGACGAAGCUGUGGCUUUGGCUGAAGCUGAACCUGUCACCUACAGCUGGAGGAUGGGAGACAGAGAGUGGAUGGAUGGGGAGAAGAGCAGAGACAUCACCAACAAUAAGGAGACACAACGUGUGGAAACGUUCUCCUGUCGGAUGAAGAACCCGAUCAGUGAGAAACAAAGUGACCCCAUACCCAACCCUUUCUACAGAGAAGAUCCUGCAGAACAUCUUUUCUACAAAGAAGGUCUUGCAGACUUUGGUCUCUGGCUUAAAGGGGCUAAAGGGAUUUCAUGGCUUGUCGGACUCAUAUUAUCUCUGAUCGUGUGUCUCAUGUGGUGUUGUGCUAAGUUGUCUUCAUGUCUAAUCAGAAAAGAUGAUAAUGACGAUGAUGACAAUGAUGAUGAUGAUGAUGAUGUAGUUUGA